CAAAGCAUUAGUGUUGAGAGUUGAAAGCUGAGAGACGACUCAUACUAUUUAUGCUAAAUCUUCAACUGGUGAACUCUCCUUCCUUGAGAAUACUUGAGGGACAAUUAUCUUGCUAAAGCUUCUACUGGUUAACUCUCCAUCCUUGGUGGUAUGGGAAGUCCAGUGGAACCUAAUCCUAUUUCUCUGGAAAGUGAAGUGUUAUUCAACGACAUUCCUAUUCUGACAGAAGAAAAUUAUUUGAUUUGGAAAGAUAAGAUGGAAAAAUUCUUGAAGAUCAAAGGAUUUUGGGAUUAUUUGGCUGGAGCAAAACGUGAACCUGAAAAUACUUCCAGCGAUGAAUAUAAGGAUUGGAUUGAGAAAAAGAAAGAAAUUAUGUCAAUAUUCACAGGAAAGUGUGGAGCUAGGACACUAACAUUUAUUGAAGAUCUAGACAUCACACUUAUUUGGAGUAAAUUGGUUACCAUGUUUGAGUUCAGUUAUCCACCAAAUACAGGGAAAAUGAAGAGGAGCACAAAUUACACAUGGUGUCUUCCUUUUUACAAAGCUAUUGUUGAUGGUAAUUGGAAAAGUGUCUCUUAUCAGUUCGUCUCAAAAAAUGUGGGAGCUCUUACAGUGAGACUCACAUCAUUAGGAAAUCUUCCUGUUCAUGUGGCUGUUGAGAAAGGGAAGGUUGAAAUUGCAAAGGAAUUGUUAAAAAUGAUGCCUACAGAUCAUUUAUUGAGACAAGAUAAGUAUGGUGGAACAGUUCUCAAAAUUGCUGCUUUAGGUGGGAACAAAGAGAUGGUGAAGGCCAUUGUAGAAAAGGAUGAGAAACUAGUAAUGAUCAAAGGUAGGGGUUACAUCCCAAUCGUCCACACUGCAUUUGGUAGCAAAAAAGAUGUGGUGAAGUAUCUUUACCCAAUCACCGUACACCAAGAAGCUAAUCAGAAGGAAGAUGAUGGCACUGGCAAAGAACGUGAGAAAAAUAAAGCUAUACUUCUUACUGCUCUACUUUUUGGUGAUUUCUAUGGGCAUGCUCUUGAUCUACUACAGAAAUACCCAUGGUUACUCCUGACCAAUGAUGAUAGGAAUUGGACAGUCAUAGAAGCACUCGCAAUGAAGCGCACUGCAUUUAAAAGUUCAUUACCAAUCAAAAGUGUUGGUUGGGACCUUUGGAUAUUAUUUCAUCUACUCAUUGCAUAGUGCAAGAACAUCUAUGAGGAGGCAAGAACAUCUAUGAGAAGUUGAAGCAUUAUGAAGCUUCUGCCCUACUAAAAGAAAUGUGGAGUCUAGUUUCAGAAGUUGAUGACCUUACCUCUAUGAUGGCUGAUCUGGCUUCAACAGUGUCUAAAGCAACAGAGAAUGGGAUUGUUGAAUUUGCCGAAGAAUGUACUAACCAGUGUCCUCAGCUUCUGUUAUGGAGGGCUAUUGGAAAACGUGAAGCCCGAACAGUAUUUCAUUAUGCAAUCAUCCACCGCCAGGAAAAGAUUUUUGGGCUUAUCCAUCA